AUGGCGGUGUUUUCUAACAAAAAGUUCCGCUCCUCCAAGGAGGCUAACACUAUUGCGUCAAGAUACCGAGCACAAUUAGCGCGGCAUCCAUUUUUACUUUUCGGCUUUCCCUUCAUUGCGACAAUGGUAGCUGGAUCGUUCUUUCUCACCCCCGCCACUGCCAUCAGAUAUGAAAAGCAUGACAGACGAGUUCGGAGGCUAAGCAAGGAGGAGGAAUUAGGGAUAGGAAAAGGGAGCCGAAAGGUGGAUAUGAAAGAAGAAUACUAUCGACUGGCAGCAAAAGACUUGGACGAUUGGGAACAGAAACGUGUAAAGAGACUCCCUGGAGAGCACGAUGGCGUUAUCUAG